AUGUCACUCCCCGUGUUUCACGAAGAACUUAACAAGUUCGUCGCCAUCGUCAAUCUAUUUCAUGUGAUGAAAUAUCUGAUGCUACAUGUUUAUACCGAUUUGAACAAUCGAGAUGAAUUAGAAUAUGAUAAAAAAACGAGAAACGAUGUUAUCAACCUCUUCAAAGACACCGUUAGUGACAUUAUCGAUUCAUGGGGAGCAUAUGCAUUCCCUGUGCAUCUUGCCGAUGAUCCAUUACUGGAGGUAAUGCAAGAGUUUAUAUUGAAACCCAACACGUACGCGAUUCUAGUAGAUACGUCUCAACCUAGAGAAAAGACUGGAAGCGACACGCAGCGAGUUUCUGUCCUUACACAACGUGACGCUAUCAAUUACAUUCUUAAUGAUCCCGAAUUGAGAGAAUGCGUACAGGAUGUGCCUGCUAAGAACGUAAUUCAGAGGUCAUGGAAAACAUUCACGGAAAGGGAUGAUCCCAACCAGCUACUGCAUAGACUACCAGUUUCUAACGUUCAAUCAUCAUAUGUGCUCUAUAUUUCUCAUCUUGUGAGCGCUUUGACAGGCUUCCGGAGCAUGGCCAUACACGGUGUCAGCUCCAUGGCUGUUGUUGACAAACAGGAUGGCAGCAUCAAAUUAUUGGACAAUCUAUCUGCAUCAGAUAUUCGACAUUUUACUGAGGAUACUAUGAGUGAUGUCUUUCUUCCCGUAUCGGAUUAUCUCAAGAAGGUGCGUAAAAGCGAGCGAAAACUCGUUGUAUGCUAUGAAGAUACCCCAUUAAGGGAAGUAAUGGAGCUGGCGGUGAAGAAUUCAGUACAUAGAGUGUGGGUGAUCGAACAGGAGAGCGAAAAACCGGUCGGGGAGAUAUCAAUGACGGAUAUGUUGGCUAUGUAUGCUG